AUGGACAAGGCAGCUGUGGAUGAUGGCCAUGAAGGGUCGAGCGACACAGAGGCUCAGAACCAUCUGGAGGUGGUCUUCUAUCCCGACUCUAACCACCGCCGCAAGUCUUCCCUCGUUACGAUGGAAAAACCCAAUGUCCUACCCCACCUAGCCCAGAACGACAUGACGACCGCCUGCUACGUUCACAAUCUCCUUGCAAGCGAAUGGACAACUCCCCCAAACAUCCCCGGGACAUAG